AUGACGCUUUAUCAAGCAUCAGCGCAGGCAGUUACUUGUGGUUUCUCUGUACUUGCGGAAGACAUCAACCUCACAGUCACCUUUGUCUAUGCAUACAAUGUGGCUGAGGAACGAUGUUCACUAUGGGAGGAAUUAUCUCUCCUAAAUGCUUCUACUCCAGUCUCUCGCUUUCCCUGGGCUGUCAUAGGAGACUUUAACCAAAUUCUCAGAUCGGAUCAGCAUUCAAACCACCCGGAUAUAGAUGUUGAUGCAGCAGGCAUAGAUGACUUCACACUCGCUAUGCAGGAAGCUGAGCUUUUGAAUCUCACACUAAGGCACUGGGCUCAAUCCUUCCCGAAUGCCUUUGGGGAGUUCCUAGAACCUGAGCAAUCGGAUCAUGCUCCAUGCUUGGUCUCUAUGCCUUCUCUCAGACGGCGGAUAGUUAAACCAUUCAAGUUCUUUGAUCAUAUAGUUGAUCAUCCCAACUACUUGGAUUCUGUGAAGGAAGCUUGGAACUGUGUUCUUCGUAGACUAAACAGGUCUCACUUCAGUGGAAUCACACAGCGAGUAAAAGAGCAGACUGUCAUUGUCACUGAUCUUCAACGGCGACUGCUUACCAACCCUGAUCCUAUCACUGCCAGAUCGGAGCAUGAUGAAAGAGCUAAGUGGCAGAUGCUUCUCAAGGCGGAGGAGAAAUUUUAUAGACAGAAAUCUCGUGUUAAAUGGAACCACUUGGGUGAUCGUGACACUGCUUUUUAUCACAAAACUGUUAUCCAAAGGGCGGCCAGUAACCACAUACACUUCCUUCGUGAUGCUGAUGAUGGUUACAUUGGGUCGAUAGACCAGAUAAAGGCUCAUUCUGCUACAUACUUUGAGAACAUCUUGGGCCACACGGACAUGCCGGAAUCUCCUACUACCAUCAGAGAACUUCAGGAGCUCAUGUCCUUCCGAUGUUCUGAUGCGCAAUGUGAGGUGCUCAGUCGUCAUGUCACUGCUGAGGAAAUCACUAAAUACGGUCUUUGCGAUGCCACUAAGCAAAAGUCCCGGCUCUUAAAAGACCUGAACAACACGACCAUUGCUCUCAUCCCUAAGCUCCCUCGGGCCUGCAAGUUAGGUGAUUUCCGGCCCAUAAGCUGUUGUAAUCUGAUCUACAAGAUUAUAUCCAAGAUCAUCUCAAACAGACUAAAAGGGGUGCUUCAAGACAGCAUAAGCCCGAGCCAAUCUGCCUUCCUUAAAGGUAGAAGUCUAGGUGAAAAUGUUUUGCUUUCCUCUGAACUGAUUAGAGACUAUGGCAAGGCUAGUUGUGAAAAGAGCUCUAUGCUGAAAGUGGAUAUCAAGAAAGCUUUUGACACUGUCUCUUGGGAUUUCAUUCUCAAGCUGCUUGAAGCACAGAAUUUUCCUCCUAUCUUCAGGCGUUGGGUCAGUGAAUGCAUCUCUUCCCCUCGAUUUUCGGUGGCUAUAAAUGGUGAACUUGCUGGGUUUUUCCGGGGUAAAAAAGGCCUGCGCCAGGGUGACCCUCUAUCUCCAUACCUAUUCCUCUUUGUGAUGGAAGUGCUCUCUAAUCUUCUCGUCAUAGCUGCUAAUGCAGGGCGCAUCAGACUUCACCCGAGAUGCUCAGAUCCUAAAAUCACUCAUCUUCUAUUUGCAGAUGAUCUCCUGAUCUUCUCUAAUGGAUCUCGUUGGUCUAUUAAUGGGAUCUGUUCAGUUAUGGAUAAAUUUAAAAGGAUGAGUGGUCUCAGCAUUAAUCCGGAUAAAUCUCACAUCUUCUUUGGAGGGUAUGCUGGAAUCUCGGCUCAAGUGAUUGCUGAUAUAAGCGGUUUCUCGAUAGGCACAUUUCCUACUCGCUACCUUGGCUUUCCUCUGAACCCGUCAAGGAUAACGAUGGCCACUUUGCAACCCUUUAUUGACAAGAUUAUUGGGAAACUUCACUCAUGGACGGUCAAGUUUCUAUCCUUUGCAGGUAAAAUUAGACUGGUGGCGUCUGAGAUUUACGGCAUGGUCAACUUUUGGAGUCAAGUAUUUGUGCUCCCCAAAGCUUUCUAUGCCAAGAUUGACUCUCUCUGCGCUGCAUUCCUAUGGAAAAACAAGACCACUACUGCUGCGGGUUCUCGGGUAGCAUGGAGAGAUGUUUGUCGGCCUAAGGCCGAAGGUGGAGUAGGUAUUCGGUUAUUGGAGGAUUUCCAGCUUGUAUUCAGGCUCAAGCUAGUCUGGAACCUAUUUUCUAACUCAGGGUCUCUUUGGGUAGCUUGGUUAAAAAAGAAUGUCUUUGGGAGGAAGGGAUUUUGGCUAAUGCAAGAUUCAAGCCGGUUAUCUCCUACUGUAAGAAGUAUGGUACAACUCAAGCCCAUGCUGAAUGAUUUUUUGCGCUGUCAGGUUAGAGAUGGGGCUUCUUGUUCCUUUUGGUAUGACACUUGGACUCUUCUAGGCCCUCUGAUCUCCGUUCUUGGCGAUAAUGGUCCUCGUACGAUGAGAAUUGGGAAGAAUGCAACGGUCUCUAAGGCUGCACGAGAGGGCUCUUGGCUGCUACCACCAGCUCGAUCUCCUGAUGCAGAGACGGUUCAGAUUGUUCUCACGACAAUGGCCCCUCCAACUUCUAACAAUGGUGCCGACCAAUACCUUUGGCGGAAGCAUGAUGGAAGCUUUGGUCCUACCUUCUCUUCUAAGACUACUUGGGAGCAUAUAAGACAGACUUCUCCAACAGUAUAUUGGGCUAAGGUUGUGUGGUUUAAAGAGAACAUUCCACGCAAUGCUUUUAUAUCUUGGUUGGCUCUUCUAAGGAGACUUCCUACCCGUGAUCGGCUGCGCCGUUGGGGAAUGAAUGUUCCUCAGGAAUGUGUUCUAUGUUCCACGGGUAUUGAAACUCAUCACCACCUCUUCUUUGAAUGUGAGUACUCUUCCAGCAUCUGGAAGCAUUUUGCGCAGGCUAUCCUACCUGCUACACCCCUUGAUGUGCAUUCAGCAGCUGCCAUGAUCUCUCACCUCCGCCACCCUUCCCAGGCUCCACCUGUCAUCAAGCUUAUCUUUCAGUCCGCCAUCUACCUCAUCUGGAAGGAACGCAACGCCCGGGUCUUUACCUCUGCCUCCACUUCUGCUGCUGCUCUUCGUUCCGCCUUAGACCGCCUGAUACGAGAUCGCUUGCUCUCCUUUCCAUCCCCGGACCCCUCUCCGUCGCUGCUGCAGUUCUAUUUUUCUGGCCCUAGGCCUCCUUGA